UUUUUCUCGAGGUUGCUUCUCGACUCGAGGUUGCUUUCUCGAAAUUGUCACCACAAAAGCGAUCCGUUGCGGAAUCGUCUCUUCUUCGUUCUUGGAGCUCUCUAGGUUAUGGUUAUGAAAUGGGUCUAGCCAUCGCCAACAGCCUCUCGGGCUCGUCGCCUCAGGAAAUUCCGAGCCGCACUUGGAAGGAUUACUGUCCGGGCAUUUUUUCGAGAGGUAGCGAGGAUUCCGAUAGAAGUGACCGCGUAGCAGACUUCAUGCACUGUAUGGACACGCUACUAGCUGAUGAGGUGGAAGUAGUGAAGGUAGCGGAAUUCCCAGUUGUAGCGGCUACAGUCUAUCCGAUGCAUGACGUGGAUGAGGACGGUCCGGAUGACCUUGACACGUCAGCGUCGUCAAGCGACUCCGCCGAAUCAUCUCCCCGAACUUCCUGGAAGAUUUCAGCGGCCAUGGAUCCACGUCAGCUCGACUGGGUGCACCUCGCGAGUCGAUUAAAAUCCUCGGCUCUCGGCGUGCUGCACCAGACGAAGACAUCCGCACCGCUCGAACAGACGAGCACACGAGCCUCAAUAGAGAGCGGGAAACGCGCCGUUGACGAGUACUCGGGCGAUGGAUGUACAGAGAGUUCAGGGGAUUCGCGCGACAGCUCAUUAGCUUCGGAGGCGUCGAUCCCCGGUGCAAUUGGCACAGGAGGCGAAGACGAACGGGAGGACGCUACCAGUGAGCGGGAUAGUGCUGUCAGUGGCGAGGAACGGUGCGAGGCGGUGUCUGCGAACGAGGAGGCUGCGAACGAAGUGGUUACACGCGACCAGAUGGCGAAGGACUGUUGGUCGGAGCGGUCGUGGGACGCCAGCAGCGUGGGGUUGUGGGACGAACCGGACGUGUGGGACGCGCAUGGUGGCGACGACGCGGACGAGGUGGAGUCGAUCAGAAGCAUCUUCAGCUGGCCGGGCGCCUCGAGCUCGGAGAGCGAGGCAGAGGGCACGGAGAUGAUCGACAUGGCGCCGACCAGGGGGUGGCGGCGAUGGCGGAGAUGGCGGAGACGGCGGAACCGGCGGAGAUGGGGGAAACGGAAGAGAUGGCGGGGAUGGUGGGGAUAGUGGAGAUCGACAGCGAGUUACGAGUGCACGUAGUUAAGGGGCUCAGGCGGGAGGACGCGGGGUGCGGGCUGGAGCUGCUAGGCAGCGUGGUUGGGAGGAGCAAUCUAGAGACGGCUCAGAAUACACUGCUAGGCGGCGUUGUGGGGGAGGAGCAAGAGACGGAAGAGGCGCGCGGCGACGCGCCUGGCGAGUGCGGUACGCAUAGCGGGAAUCGGAGAGGACAGUAGCGAGUCUGAAGCGGAGGGCAUCGAAGGGCGGGAGAUGGACGUGUUCCGCGUGGCGGGGAUACCCGGGGAGAGCGAGGGAUCGCAGGAAGCGGGUGAAUGGAUGCAGGACGGGAAUGAGGGGUCAUUGGGUGCGGGCAGGGGUAUGCCAGGAAAAGGCGAUGAACGGCCGGGUGCAAGGCUGGCUCAUGCUGCGGCAGAGAUGGCGCCGGGAGCCGUGGAAAACGGGCUUGAGAGAGGAGCCACUUGCAGCCGGCGCCGAUUGCUCUGACGGUAACGCCACUAACGGCUCUGACGGGCGGCCGGUAGUUGCCUGCCUAUCUGCGGCAUCGCGCGCGCUGGCAGCGCGGCGUGAACUAGAAAUAAGCAGCCAUGCCAGCUCUCCGCAGCGCGGCGUGACCUCUCUUGACGACGAUCGCAGCCAUGCCAGCUGCCGCUGCCACGUCGUGGAGCCGCGCUGCGAUGGUGGCCCCGAUAUAAGCACGAGCCGGCCAGUGUUGCCUCUCGUGGAAGGCGAGUGCGGGUCUGCUCGCACGGAGGCUGGCUCGGGCGGGUCCGCGGUGGGAGGAGUGUUGAGGGGCGCGUUCACGGCCGUUCUGCCUGGUGUGCGCGCCGUCACCUCCGCGCUUCGAUCCGCCGUGGUGAUCGACGGUCGGCGAGAUUUGCUACCACGAGCUUCACAGCGCAUCCCCGGCGCACCCGGACCACGCGCAGCUGCUCGCGGCGCUGGCGCGCGCGCAGGCGCACGGGCUGGCGGAAGGGCAGCAGCGUCUGGCGCCGUGGGACCCGGACGCGGUCGUGGCGGUGCCCUCGGGACUGCCGCGCAGGUGAAAUCCGCGCUGCAGGCGUCGCGGGAGCUUCUGCGCGCGGAAGAGCUGGCGCUUCCCGGGGAGAAGGGGGAGGCGGGGAAAGACGCGGAGGCGGAAAGGCAGGGGGGUGAAGAGGACGCCGAUAGGGGGGAGGAAAGGCAGGAGGGAGUGCUGGGGGAUGUGAGGGGAAGCGGGGGAAGCGGCGGAAGCGGGGGAAGCGGGGGGAGUGGGGGAAGCGGGGGUAGCGGGACGCUGCCGAUGGUGCUGGCGCGCACGCUGCAUGCGCUGGACGUGUUCGAAGACGUGCCUUUAAGGGACGACGAGGAGGGCGCGGGGGGAGGCGCGCGGAUGUUCGUCCCCAUGCGCCAGCUGGCGGCCGGCCUGCCGGGAGAGGUGGCGGAGAUGGAUGAGGCGAUGGGGUAUAUGGGGGGCGGUUUCUUGGAUGACUUGCGGUACGCAGAUGAUGGGAUGUAUGGCGAUGAAAGGGGGUGUGAGGGCGGUGGAGCAGGAUGCGUGGAGGGUGGGGGGUGUUUUGACGGUACGGCGUGCUUUGAGGAGUGUGGGUAUGUGGAGGAGUGCGGGUGCGAGGCGAGCGGGUACAAGCAAUGCGGGUACGAGGAGGAGAGUGAGGCGAGCGGGCAGGAGGACACAGGCCGUGGGGUGAGUGGCUGGGGCAGCACCAUGCGGUCGAGGCAGAACCAGGCCAGCAGGGCGAGCUGGGGGCGGCUGAGGGGCGCAGAAAGGGAGAUGGAGAAGGGGUAUUAUGAGGAGCAGUGUCGAAUGCAUGAGGAUGGCAGUGGCGAGGACGAGCUGUUCAACCUCCGUGCAUCACUCCACCGCGCGUCGCAGCGGGCCCUGAACUCGCCGCAUGCCAUGCUGUGCCACCGCCACCACACGCGCAUGCAUUCAUCGCCCCUCCUGCGCUCCUCCCCCCCACCUGCACUCGUCGCCCCACCUGCACUCGUCUCCCCACCUGCACUCAUCCCCCCACAUGCACUCAUCCCCCCAAGUCGACCCAUUGCCCAUGCCUCCCUCUUCCGAUCCUACACCGACUGGCCCUCCUACCGCGGCCCUUCCUCGCUCUUCCCGGGCUUCCCCUGCAACGAGGGCAGGGAGAGCACGGCAGCUGUGGCAGCGGCUGCAGCGGUGGCGUGGUGUCAGGAGGAGUGGGAGGGCAAGAGGCCUUGCUGGAAGGAGGCCUGUUUUCUGGUGGCGGUGGUUAAGGGUAAGGCAAGGAGGAGAGUGGCGGAGGGCAGUGGAGGGACGGGAGAGAGUGAGAAGGCGGAGAAGAAGAGGGGGAAGGAGAGGUGGGGGGGAGUGGAGGGAAGAAACACCGUGGGUGGUGGUGAGGCAGCCACUGGGGGUGCAGUGCAGGCAGGGAGUGUGAGAAGGAGAGAGCGCAAUAGGGGCACAGUUAAGGGGUCGGAGAGGGGAGAUGGCAAGGAAGGGGGUUCAGAUAGGCAGAAGAAGAGUGCGUGGAAGGUUGUCUCUGCAGGCAGUGGGGAGGUGGGGAUGGAAGGGAGCAGGGCAGGAGCGAAGAGACUGGAGAGGGGCAAGGCGGAGAGGGAGACAGAAGGUGGGGAGGAGAAGGGCGGAGCUGACAGUGUGGCAGGUGCCAGGGAUGGUGCCAGGAAUGGUGCAGGGGGGCUGGAGCAAGGUAGAGUGCGGAGGAAGGGGAGUGGGCGUGAGAAGAAGGGGAGCAGGCAGGGUGGUGAUAUGAAGCGCGGUGGGGGUGUUGAGAGUGGUGCGUUGGAGGAGACAGCAGAGGGGGCGAAGGAUAAGAGGAUGCUGGCAGCCAGAGGCGUGACCCCUCUAGGCAAGGCAUGCGGGACUGAGAGGGGUGGUGGUCUGGUCCCGCACCCAGGUCGCAAGCUAGUCAAGACCAACAAGGCUCUCACUGCUGCAGCAGUGUCACACGCGGGGCAAAGGAGCACAGGGGGCAUUCUACUUCCCAGUAUAAGCACUCGUGAUGUUCCACGCUCCUGUAUAAGCACUGGUUUCACCUCAUCCUCGUCAUCACCAUCAUUAUCCUCAUCGGCAGCAGCAGCUGGAAAAUCGGAGGAGUGUCAAGAUUCAGCAGUAGGGCCACAGCAGCAUCAGCCUGUUAUUCCACCAUCCAAGCUGCCUUUCUCCUCCUCACCCUCACCCUCACACUCUCCGUUCUCCUCCCCUCUCCACUCCACCGCCACCUCCUCCUCACCCUCUGGCCUCUCUGACCCUCCGCCUCCAUGUUGCCCCUCAGCGCAGCUUCGCGGAUGGCUGCUGCACCGCCUCCCUCGUUCACCCCAACGCCAGCUGCCCCCCACUCAUUGGCGGAGCAUGCGGUGCAACGGCCUGUGAGUGCAGUGGAGGUGGAGGGUGACCUGGCUGCUGGCUCGUCCUGGCAGAUGGGACCUGAUGGGCGUGAUGCCACUGGUGCUGAUGCUGGCAGUGUUUGCAACACCAGCAGCUGUAGCACCAGCAUUGGGAUCAGCAGCAGCUGUAGCACCAGCAUCGGGGUCAGCAGCAACAGCAUUGUCGGCGGCGCUGGCAUUGGGCAUGAGCCCCAUGUCGUACGGUUUUCGCUACUGUCAAUGCUCUCACAUGCUCUGGCCGCCAUGCGUGCUGCCAUGACCCACGCCCGCUCCAUGCUCCACCACCUCUCUCGCGCCUUCCUCCAUGCAUCCAUGGCUCUACACAUGUCAUGGGGCUAGGUGCUGAAUCGCACAACCCGAUGGCCGACUACUAAUACGACAUGCUAGUCCACCACCACCAGCAGAUGUGACAUGACUAGCAAAAAGCAGGUCUGAUUAUGAGGCGCUUCUACAUUCGACCUGCAUCUCACUUGUGGGGCCCGAUUGCCAUUGUGUCAUUGCAUGUACAACCUCUUAUUUAGCCCUUUUUGAUUGUAUUUCUGUACGCCUUUUCUAAUUUAUGCAACAUGUAUCUCCCGU